CCUCCAGAGGGAAAGUUAGAAGAAACACAAACUGAGUAAAAGCAGAAAGAGAGGAGCCGUUAGUUUGACUGUUAGUUAUCUGAAGAGAGUUAAGUUUGUGUUUUACUCAGUGUGAGUUUUAAUGGAUGUGUCUCCUUACAGCAGAAAAAGGCUCUGUGGUGGAGCUGUCCUCCAGCUGCACCAGGAGGCCCAAUGUCAGCCUCCAGCCUGUAAGAGGAGGUGCAGAGAGGAGGAGGAGAUGAAGCACAGAAGGAGAAGGAUGGAUGAAGGCUGUGAGGAGAACAUUGAUCGAGGCGAAUGUCUGCAGAGGAACACGAGAAUACAGAACCUUAAAAAAGAACACAGACGGUUUCCACAGUCUGGAUCACGAACCAGGACCAAGGUCAGGAAUGGAUCUGCAAGUGGGUCUGGAUUCAUGUCUGGAUUGGUCAUCCAGUCCUGCAGACCUGAAAUCAAAGAGGCCCGAAUCAGGACGACCAGGAUCAAGACUUCAGUCCAGACUACAGAGCUCAGAGGGUCUAGAUUGUAUAAAGGUUACAUGGACCAGGCUGGUCCAGGAUCCACAGAGACCCAGCUGGACCAGAGGAGACGAACCCAGUUCAGGUCCAGGUCUACAGCAGGUCUGGUCUCAGAUCGGUUCCCAGAGGCCAGGAGCAGGAGGUCUGAGAGAGACCAGAAUCAAGAAUCCUGCAGAGGAGAGGGGGCUCCACAAAGGAUCAGGUCCAAGCCUGCAGGGACAACUGAGACUCGGACCAGAAAGAGGAGAAAGAUCCACCCAUCUUUGUUCAGAGAGAGAGGUCAGCUGCGAUUGUCAAUCACUCCAGAGGCAGGGCAGCUCAAAAUUUACAUCCAUGAUGCAAGGGGGCUGAUGGGAAAAUCUCAGCAGUCAUGUGACUCCUAUGUCAAGCUGGUGGUGACCCCUAAUGUUGACUACAGCACCAGGAUGAAAACUCCAACUGUCUGGAACAACAAGAACCCAGAAUACAACCACAGCUUUAUACUGUGUACCAGUGAUGACCUCAUCAGGAGCAGAUUGUUGGUUUCGGUAUUCAGCAGGUGCAGACAGCUGAUUGGCUGUAUGAGCUUUGGGCUUGGUUCUCUUGUCUCCUCUUCUAAGCCUGUCACUGGUUGGUUCUACCUGUUGGGGGAGGAUUUUGGGCAGAGCAAACAUCUGAGAGUGACAUCACAGCGAAACAAACCAAUGAGGAGCCAAGAGAAUGUGGAUGUGCCAACCCACUGUGGAGACCUCAGAAAGACUCCAGACUCAGCUCAAGAUACAGACCUGAACUGCAUUACAACCACCGCAACUGCUACCAGCCUGUCAAACUACACCACCACCACCACCACCACAACCACGGGACUCAAAGACCUGACAAACCACAGCCUUGACCCCACCAAUGUCAACUACAGCUCCAGACCAGCCAACGCAAACUAUAGCAGCUACCUGUCCUCUCUGUACGCCAACACAAACCAACACCAGGUCACCAGAGACAACAGUAGCAUCCAUCGAUUGACGGUUAACGUAGUUCGUGGAAAAGAUGGCUUUGGAUUCACUAUUUGUUCCGACUCUCCAGUCAGAGUGCAGGCUGUCGACCCUGGAGGUCCAGCUCAUCACUCUGGUCUUCGUCAGGGAGAUUCUGUCCUGCAGCUGAAUGGACUUCCUGUAGAGACCUGGAAAUGUGCUGAUGUGGCCCAUGCCAUCAGGAGUUGUCAGUCUCAGAUCAUUAUGGUGGUGUGGAGAGGUUUACCUGAACUGAGGUCUGGCUGUGAAGCACUGCUCCACCAACCAUCACACAACAAGACAUCAGGCAGGAAGCUACUCGCUCACCCCGCCCACAGUAAACAUGGACGAAGACGGGGUCAGGGGCUUGGAGUCAGGUCUAGUUUUGGGGCUCUGGGUUCCCUAUGGAGGGACAGGAAGGAGAACCGUGAGGAGGAGGAGGAGGAGGCAGAAGAACAGGAGGUGACCGAGUACUCACCUCACACCACCACACUCAAGGGCACCCGUGUGACAUCAUCAAACGGCGAUAAUUACAUCAUACUAUCACCUGUGAAUCAAGGAGGACAGCUGCUGCAGCCAGUUUAUCACGACAGGAAUGGAACGAUCGGGCGUCUGUACCAGACUCACCCCAGCAGAGGUCAUGGUCAAAACCUCCUCCAUGACCCUCGUUCCGGGACGUCAAGGCGACAGUUCUCUGGCUGCACAACCACACUGCCCCCUCCCCCCACUACCACCACCUCCUCCGUAUCGUCCCCCGCCACUAACUAUGGCAACUACCAGAACUGUACCAUUGUCCAAUCACAUCUGCCCUGCUCCACCUAUGGAACCUAUGUCACCCUUCCACCCAAAACCCUCAUCUUCCCCAUAUUUGUCCAGCCUCUGGAUCUGUGCAGCCCAGACAGAACCCUACUGAUGGCAGAGGAAAUGGUUCUGCACCAAAGCGAUCUGCUGCCUGCAAAGGUGACAGUAUUGAUUUACAGUGACCUGCUGCUGUUCACAAGAGAGGAUGAAGCUGGACGCUGUAAUGUCCUACAGAGUCCAGUUUAUCUGAACACUCUGCAGCUACGAGAGGUGCCCUCCGAGCCCCUCCAGAUCUACUUCUUGCAGAGCUCUCAGGGCUGCUGGCGUUGUCUGUUCAGUCUGGAGGCGUUCAGCAUUGAGCAGAAGGUCAGGGUCAGUCUCUGUCUCCAUGACAACAUUCAACUACAGCUGAUCGCCACCAACACCGGACCCCCCCACCAGCUUUCAGAGCUUCCCACAGGCUUUGGCCUCCUCUCUCUUGGUCAAUCUGAUCUCCUCUAUCGCCCUUCAUCUCCUUACUCUUCAUCUGAUCCUCCCCUCCUCAAUCCCUCCUCCCCUUUCUCCUCCUCCUUCUGUGAUACCUUCAGACCUCCUUCUCCAUCUCCUUACCCUACUAGCUCUGCCUUCACCUCCUCCUCUACUCCUCCUCCUCCCUUCUCCUCCCUUUCUCCAUACACAACCCUCACCUCAAAUCCUCUGAAGGCCUUCAACACAACAACUAAGCCCCUCCCACCACCUCUUCCCUCCUGCUCCAAGCUGAGGAGUCCAGUUUGGAAGGAGAGAGAACUGGCAGAGGACCAGGAGAGGAGGAAGAAGAGACGUGAGGAAGAGGAGGAAGAGGAGCGACAGCAGGGGGAGGGGGAGAGUGCCUCUGAAACAUCAGAAAAUGUUGGAGGAUUUGGGGGGAGGGGCUUUUUGCUUAGUCCCCUCCAUUUCAACAUGAAGGAAUAUGAAGAAGUUGAGAGUGAUGAAGAAGAGGAGGAGGAGGAGGAAGGAGGAGGUGCUGAGGAGUUUAUCUCCACCCACAGACCUGCAGUAUUACGACGCUCUCUCUCUGAGGGAUCUUUGAUGAAGGAACCUCGAUCGCCCCGCUUCCUGUCUGACAGCACCAUCCACCGACUUACCCAUCCUGCAACCUGUGAACUCGACCUUGCUACAGGCCCUUCCCCCAGACGCCCCUCCAUCCACACACUGAAGAAACAGCUGACAAAAGAGGGGGGGUCUCUGCAGCACAUGAUGCUGCUUCUCAACGGCACCAAGGAUGCUGAGCUCAGAAAUCUUCAACUGCGGAGGAAGACAAAGAAUCUAGCCGCUGAUGUUCGGAGUCGCCUGCCGUUUUUACGGAGAAGAAAAAACAGUAGCUGUUUCCAGGGUAACAGUUUGGAGAAAGCCCUGAGAAACACCAGACCGUCUACAAAGGAGGUUCUCAGGUGGGCGGAGAGUCUCGAAGCACUGCUGACCAAUCAGUAUGGUCUAGCAGUCUUUCGCCAUUUUCUGAGGUCAGAGUUCAGCGAGGAGAACUUGGACUUCUGGUUGGCUGUGGAGAAAUUUAAGAGAUCACGACCACUCGGCAAGAUGGCUAUUCGAGCCUCAAAAAUCUAUGACGAGUUCAUAUCUACAAAAGCAGCAAGACAGGUCAAUGUGGACUCAUCUGUUAGAGAAUCGACUAAUCAGAGCUUGCGGCUUGGAGUUAACCCUGACUGUUUCCAGCUGGCCCAGGAUCAGAUUUUUGGUCUUAUGGAGACUGACAGCUACCCACGAUUCCUGAAGUCACACCUCUAUGCUCAGCUGGCCAAUCAGGGCAUACAGACAAUAACAGGUUCAGCCAAUAGGAGCAGAGCUGGACCUGUACCCAUGGGCCAAUCAUGAAUGAGCAUAGGACAGGGGUCUGGCUGCAAGACUUACAUUAAAGGAAUAUAUCCAUUUGCAUUAUAGGAAAUGUAGGAUCGAGUGUAUCGAAAGUCUUGAUAACUCCACCUCUGGUAUUCACAUUUGGACUGUUUGGUUUUUAAUUUGUUUCUCUCAACAACAACUAUUUUAUUUGAUUGGACACAGUGAAUCAACUUCAUUCUUGAGUGACUGGGUUAAACUGAGUGAGGGUUUCUUCAAACAAACAUUUAAGAUAACAGUCACAUUUUAACUAAUCAUUUAUUCUAAUAUAAGAAGUUUAACUUGGGGAAACCCCAACUUAGAAUAUUAAAUAUCACUGAAAAUGUGCUAGGUUGUUGAUGUGUAGCUUUAGGGCAGGAGAUAAAAAUGUUGGUCUACCACUUUAGUCAAGACUGGAAUGGCUCAACAUUUACAAGGUGGGCUCACUUUUGCGUUUUAAUGAAAUAUGCAAACAACCUGAGGCUGUUGGUCAGAUUGUGAUCAAAUAUGGUUUAGAUGUUCUUGUUCCCAAUGGAAUUAACUGUGAAGACCUUGAUGAUACUCUUACUUUCCAUCCUGCCCCAUCAUGAGGUCAACAUUUAACAUGUUCAGUACUUUGGUUUAUGAACAAAUACCUGCAGGUGCAUCAGCCAGCUGGGCUGUAAGUGUACUGCUAAGCAGCUAAUGACAGCAUGCCAACAUGCUUUAAAAAGAUGGUAAACAUAUACUUUCUAAGAAAUCAGCUGAUCGCCUCAGCAUGCUGAUGUGAGCAUUCAGCUCAAGAACAGUGGCACAGAGUUGUCUGGUUAUGAAUAAAUAAAUCAGAGAAAUAAAAUGCAGUGAAACAGCUUGUUUUAAUGUCACAUUUUAAAUGUAUGCAUUCAAAUACAGAGUAGAACCAGCUGACGACAGUUCUAUCUUAUCUUUGAACACGAGGACAAAAAUACUACUUUUUUGAAGUCUUAAAACGUAAAAAUGUAGCUGAAGUAACUAAAGUAAAUGUGUUCUUUGUCAGAGUACACCUAAAUGCUGUAACAGAAGAUCAUUAAAAGGUGAAAGAAAGAUGUAUCUGGUUUCCUGUAGGAUUAAAAAAGGAAGUGUGAUGAAUUCAGCUGAAAACUGUUCUACAAUAAAUGUUGAUGAUGAUGUUGGA